CUACGUUCUACUUGUGUCAUUUGACAUAUGUCAGCUGACCAUUUGCGAACUCUGCCUAGAAAAAUUUAGUUUAUUGAUCAAAAAGUGGAAAAUGGCUUUACAUUCAGCAAGAGGAAAACUUAUAUCCGUAAUUGGAGAUGAAGACACCUGUGUUGGUUUUCUUCUGGGUGGAGUUGGCGAAAUCAACAAGAAUCGCCAUCCCAAUUUUAUGGUCGUUGACAAAAAUACGGCAGUAAGCGAAGUGGAAGAUUGUUUUAGACGUUUUGUAAAGCGCGAUGACAUCGAUAUUAUUUUGAUAAACCAAAAUUGCGCUGAACUCAUUCGUCACGUGAUUGAUGCACACACAUCGCCAGUACCAGCGGUGCUGGAAAUUCCAUCUAAGGAUCAUCCAUAUGAUGCUAGUAAAGAUUCGAUUCUGAGACGUGCUAGAGGCAUGUUCAAUCCUGAAGAUUUCAAUUAAAUAUCAUGCCGAAGUAAAUAAAAGAUGUUCACAACUCAAACUUUUAAUUCAAAACCCCAGUAUUUCAAGCCUUUUGUUUUUAUUUAAUUCGUUGUUAGUUCUUGUGAUUGUCUUAAAAUGCAAUAAAUUUGUUGGCCAAGAAAUUGGCUUGCAUUCCAUUUUAGGGUUUGUUAAAAAAUAAAAAAUAAUAAAUUACUUAAAACUA